AAUCCUACUCUAUCUAGGGAAUCUCCUAAACACCUCAAAGACUCUCUCAGACUCCAAUAUAUCCCUCAGGGAGCCCCAAAAUUACCCCUCUCAUUCCAGAGACACCCCAAAAACUCCCAGAACCCCCUAAACCAAACCGGCCCAAUUCCAGGACCUGGCAAUUGCAGCCCAAACACCACAAAACUAUCCCAAGAACACCCCAAAAAAACCCAGCACCCCCUAUUCCAAAUCCCCCAUUCCAGCACCCUCUGAAACCAUCAUAAAGAUCACCCCCAGCAACCCAAAACCAGACAAAGGACACCCCCAAAACACUCAGGACCUCCCUAAACCGAUCCCGCUCACUCGAGGGAUCCCCUAUAUCACCCCAAAGAGAAUCCCAGAAACCUUAACCAGCUGCAGGACCUCCCCAGUUACCCAAAGCAUCCCCAAAAAACCUGAAACCACCCCACAAACCAAUUCCCUCGCAUUCCAGGGACUCCCUAAACCAACCAAAAAACCUCUUCAGACCCCAAGACGACCCCAAGGACACCCCAAGUAGCCCCAGCACCCCCAUAAAGCAAAAGCCCAUAUUCCAGGAGGCCCUUAUACCACCCUAAAAGCACCCCCAGGGCCUCAAAACCAGCCUGAGGAUCCCUAAACCAGCACACUCACGAUUGCAGGAUUCCCCUCAGGGACGUCUCGAAGCACAAAUUCCAGCCGCGGCUCCUCAGGAGCACCUGGCUGGGUUCCCACCGCCGUUCCCACAGGAAUUCCGCUUCCCAGCGCUCCAGCAGCACCUUCAACGCACCCUCCGAGCGAACUUACCGCUUUCGCCAAGCGCCAGCCAAUAAAAAGGCACUCAUUAGUGAUUGACAGCGGUUUGAGCAAAUGGAAAGUCCGGCUAUUGAAGAGUCCGCCCAGGUGCACCUUGAACCAAUGAGAACUCACUAAAGAAGUGAUCGACAGCUGUAUAGGCCAAAUAGAAGUAAAGACUCCGCCUCCAGGGUGGGUCUCGCUCGCUGAUUGGUUGCUCCACCGCGCAGUUACGGAAGUGGAGCUUUCUUACGGGCUGGGGGCGAGUGAGGGCUGCGAGCGGGCGGUGAGGUGGGGUCGCCAUGUUGGGGGGAGGCGGCGGCGCCGGUUUUGGGGAUCCCUAUGGGGACUUUGGGGUAAUUUGGGGAUCCUUUUGACAAUUUGGAGAUUCCUGGAGGGGUUUGGGAUCCUUGGGGGAUUUUUGAGGUAGCCCUUCUUAGGGUGGGUGUACUCUGGGAUCCCCCUGUUGGAGAGGUGCACUGGGGGGUACCCUCAGAACACCGUCCCCACCUCCUCCCACGGCUUCCCUUUUCUUCGGGAUAUCCUUGGAUUUGGAGUUUCCCUGGAAUUCUCCCCUGGUUCCUCCACAUACUGGGGGUCCCCCCAGUUUCACCUAAUUCCCACAGCCCCUCAGAAUCCAUGGAUUCCCUGCUUUUCCUCUGCGCCCGCCGCGUCGUCGCCCAGCACCCUCUUCCCGCCCUUCCCCCCCAUCUCUAUCCUGUCCUUUUCCAAGUGGCAUUCCUGGAUGGAAGACCCCUGGUCCUGCGAGAUUUAGUGGCCGCUUGGCCAUUCCCGGUGCUCCACUUCCAGCGGCUCGUGGGGCACCGGGAGCUGCUCUGGGACCAUACCUGCAUUGACUGCGUCGAGGCCAUCAUCCAGGCCGUGGUGGCGCAGCUCCAGCAGGAGCUGGAAGAGCCCGGCCACCGUUCCAGCCUGCGCGUGCUGGACAUGACCAGACUCUCAGAUUUCGUGUCCAGCUGCGCUCCUGCCUCGUUGAACAGCUGGUCCAGCACAGAGGUUUUGGCCAAGGCUUGCGUGGAGGUGUCCAAGCACCAGCCGGAAUUCCAGAGGCACAGAUCCAAGCGGCACAAAGGCCGCUCCGGAGCUGCCACGGCCGCUCCGCGGGCCCUAGGUGUGGACAUCCACGCCGACUUGGUUGUUAACAGAAGGUCCUACGGGAUCCUGCGCGACGCGAUUCAGGCCGGAGCUGCCGGCCCACUGCGCCUCAAGUGCCACGAAUUCCAAGCAAAGUACAUCUCGGCAUAUGAGAUCUUGACUUUGUUAAAAUCCCUGGAUCCUUCAUGUGUUCGGAGGGUGGAUCUACACUUCCGGAAUUUGGGAUUGAACGGGCUCUUGGUGAUUCUGCCGCACCUCUCGCGCUUCCCUCAGCUGCGCAGCCUCAAGCUCCAGCACAGCAAGGUGGAUGUGCGGCACCUGACGACGGAAUCGGACAUCAGAAUCCUCUGCGUGGCCAGAAAGCUGGGAAUGCUGCCCAGCCUCCGGGAGCUCAACCUGGGAUCCUCCCGGCUCUCUGGGAAUCUGCGCCAGAUCCUCUGCGACCUCCAGGCUCCGUUGGAAAGCUUGGAAUUGGCCUUCUGCUCCCUCGUUCCUGCCGACCUCGCCUUCCUCUCCCAAAGCUUCCACGCUCCGGCCCUCAAAAGGUUGGAUCUCGGUGGCCACGACAUCUCCCAAGGCCUCCUGGAGCCGCUGCGGCUGCUCCUGGAGGAAACCUCGGCCUCGCUGCUGUGCCUGGACCUCAGGGAAUGCCGCAUGGCCGACUCCCACCUGAACGCGCUGCUCCCGAUGCUCCGGCGCUGCUCCCACCUGCGCUUCCUCGGACUCUACGGCAAUCCCCUGUCCACAGCUGUGCUGAAGGAUCUGCUACUGAAAAGCUUGGAGCUUCCGGAUCUCCACAAGGUUGUGUAUCCCUUCCCUGUGGAUUGCUACAAGAGGGAGCCGCCAGAAUCUAGACGAAAUUUUGUAAAGGAUAAGGAGCUUUUUGAGGCGGCCAAGGCGGAGUUUUCCCAAAUCUUAGCGAAUUCCAAAAGAAUUGACCUCAUCUGGACUUACGCUCCGUUUGGCUGCAGAGCCAUGGACUACUUCUCCUUGUGAUUUGCAAAAACCUUAGGGGCAGUAAAAGCUCAGAGCCUCCAUUUAUGAAAAGCACCACCACCUUCUUCCCGAAAUCCAGGCGUUUUCCGCCACAUCCUGGUGCUUUUCUGCCUCAUUCCAGUGGUUUUUUCCUUUCAUUUCAGUGCUUUUCUGCCUGAUUUUGUUAGCGUUCUGCCUCAUCCCGAUGUUUUUCUGCCCCAUUCUGAAAUUUUCCCCCGGUUUCUAAGGUUUUCUGCCACGUUUUGUGGUUUUUCCUUCCCAACCCCUCUAGUUUUUCCCUCAUCCCAACAUUUUCCCCCUCAUCCCAGUAUUUUUCUGCCUCAUCCCAGUAUUCUUCCCUCCAUUUCAUUAUUUUUCCAGCCUGUUCUGGUAGUUUUUUAGCCCGUCUUGGUAGUUUUCUGCCUCAUCCCGGUAUUUUUCCAUCCCAUUUCAUGAAUUUUCCAGUUUAUCCCAGUGUUUUUCUCAUCAGGAUUGGCUUUGCACAGCCAAAUUCCUGGAGGCUCCAGGGCUGGAUUCCACGGGAAGCUGCUGGAAUCUUCUGUUUCAGGUCAAUCCUGUGGGGAACAGCGGCAACACCUCUGGAAUAAGAAUUGAGUCAGAAGCCACCAAUCAUAUCACAGCUGUAAUUCCAGAGGUGGAAUUUGGGAAAGGAAUGACUCCAGAGAUCAUUCCAAGGUGCUGGAGUGGAAAUUGCCAAAAUUACAUGGUGCAUCCAAAGGGAAGCUCAUCCUGGAGCUGGAUCUUUGCAGGGACCUGUGGAUCCAUGGAAAGAGGAGCAGAUUCCUGGCAGGAAUCCCAUUGUGGAAAAAAACUAUGGAGCAGGACAUUGCUUACGUAUUGACCCUUUGGAUAAGUUCACGAUGAAUUUUCUUCCAUGGGAAUGACAUAUUGGAGAAAUCCAUGGAAAACUCACUCCCCUGGGAUGGGCCCAGCUCUCAUAGCUGCUGGAGGGAUCAAGUAAAAGCCAGGAAUGUGAAUUUGGGGAGGGAAAAGUUGGAUUUGGGGUCUUGUUAUCCUGCUCUGAUCCUGAUGGAAAUAAACUCAUCCUAUCCCAGGU